AUGCGGAACAUUAUGCCUCAGGUCGCGUUUGCGACGGUGCUUCUCGCGUCUCUUGUUACAGCCAGCGCGCAUGGCAGCGACGAGCCCAUGAAUAUGAAUGAUGGGAUGAGUAUGACCACGCAUGAAAGUACCCCCGCAGCGCAUACGACAAUAAGCCAGCCAGCUGGGCCAAUGAGUUAUUUUGCCUAUGGGAAACACUCGAGCUCUCUCGUGGUACAUGUCGCUCUGAUGAUAGUGGCCUGGUGCUUUGUUUUCCCAGCAGCCGUCAUGCUAAGUAUCGCACGCUCCAAGCUGGCGCUUCCAUCCCAAUUCCUGUUUACGUUGAUCAAUGCCUUCGGUUUACUUUUUGGCAUUAUUUAUAACAGCCAAACCCCCGAUCUCUAUGAGAAUAACGUGCAUCAUAAAAUCGGCUGGGUCAUCACCUGGGUGGUUAGCGGUCAAGUCAUUCUGAGUCUGAUUUUCGCCUACGCCGGCCGCGGAGACUCGAGCUCGAGCUCGGACUUCUACGAGGAGGCGGAAUUCUUGCCUGUCGCAACAGACGAGCAUCAACAUACAUUCCCAUCCGGUCCACUGCACCGAUAUCGCUGGUCCAGGGAUAGUGGUCAGGGAACUGAGUCGAACUCCUCAAUUCAUAGCCCCGGGUCACCCUGUGAAUCUGCUGCAGACUAUGAUGAUGGCUUUGAAAAGCCCGAGGAGCCCUUGCGUGCCCAGACUACCACCCAAAGCUGGUUCCAUAGUAGCUUUGCGGACCGAUUCUGGUCAAAUCGUGUGCCUGGCAUGGUCUCUAAUCGCGUGCUCCGGGGAUUGAAUCUAGUGUACAACAUUAUUGAUCGGAUCAUCUUGCCAUUCGGCUUUGCUGCUAUUGUCACUGGCGGGGUAACCUAUGGAGGUAUCAUGAGAGAAAUAGAUGUUUUCAAUGGCGCGGCCCAUUUUAUCAAGGGUGGUAUUUUCUUUUGGUAUGGCAUUCUAACUCUUGGGCGAUAUGUGGGCUGCUGGGCCGAUUUGGGCUGGGCUUGGAAUAGAAAACCCGGAACACCCAUUGUCAGUGGGUGGAAAGCUAGGGUUCCAUCUGGCGAGUUUGUUGAAUCUUUCACAAUCUUCUUUUAUGGUAUAACCAAUGUGUUUUUGGAACAUCUUUCAAACUGGGGUGAAGCUUGGUCCACCACAGAUUUGGAGCACGUUUCCAUUUCUAUCUUGUUUCUCGGAGGAGGCCUGGUUGGAAUGCUCUUCGAAUCCUCGCGCAUCCGUGAUGCGCUCAACAACACUAUCCUUCGAUCUCCAGCCUCCGGUACUCGUGACGACGGCUGGCAGCUCCCACAGUCCCAGGGCGUAUCCCUGAACCCAAUGCCUGCUCUCAUUAUUCUUUUACUUGGUAUGAUGAUGGGCUCGCAUCAUCAAGACAGCAUGACCUCAACUAUGGUACACAAACAGUGGGGUGAUUUACUUGUGGGCUUCGCUCUGGCCCGUGGAGUGACAUAUGUGCUACUGUUCUUACGCCCACCGAAUUCAUAUCUGCCGGCACGACCUCCCACGGAGAUCAUUGCAGGAUUCUGCUUAAUGAGCGGCGGCCUGAUAUUCAUGCUAAGUACUCGCAAUGUCAUUCAAGCAAUGGAAUUUUAUGGGGUGGAUGCUAUGUUCACUUUCACUGUGGGCAUGGGAUUUACAGCUUUCGUCAUGGCCUUAGAGAUUUUGUUUAUUUCGUUGAAGGCGUGGGCUGUGAAGCGGGAGCAACGUUCGCAGCUUACUUACGAAUUCUCUUGA